AACACCGGUAGGUGGAAUAAAUUCAGUGCACACACACACACACACGCACGCACGCAGGCGUCUGGAGUCUUCUACCACUGACAAGAAUCAUUCUCGUUUGACCGCGCGAAGGAACACUUGGACAAAAGCCAAAAUGUCAAAGAUAGACAAGAUGAGCAUCCUCGGGGUGAGGAGCUUCGGGAUUGAGGAUAAAGACAAACAAGUCAUUUCAUUCUUCACCCCGCUGACUGUGCUGGUUGGACCCAACGGAGCAGGAAAAACGACAAUUAUUGAGUGCCUGAAGUACGCCACGUCAGGAGAACUUCCCCCUGGAUCUAAAGGAGGUGCAUUUGUUCACGAUCCAAAGGACGCCCACGAGACGGACGUGCGCGCACAGAUUCGACUCCUAUUCACCGAUGUCAACGGAGAGAAAGUGACUAUCAACCGCUCCAUGUCCUGCACUCAGAAGGCAAAGAACUACACCUUCAAAAGCCUGGAGCAGGUCAUUUCCAGGAUAAAGGACGGGGAGAAAAAGAGCUUGUCGUCAAAGUGUGUAGAAGUGGAUCGGGAGAUGAUUUCUGCAAUGGGCGUGUCGAAGGCCGUGCUGAAUAACGUCAUCUUUUGUCACCAAGAAGAGGCCAACUGGCCGCUUAGCGAGGGCAAAGCGCUCAAAGAAAAGUUUGACUCCAUCUUCGCUGCAACCAAGUACAUCAAGGCUCUGGAGACGAUGCGUCAGCUGCGUGUCAAAAAGGGUCACACGGUUAAAGAGUGUCAAGUGGAGUUGCGCUACCUGAAGCAGAAUAAGGAGAAAGCUCAUCAGAUCAGGGAAACCGUAGCCACUAAGGAGGCCCAGCUGAUGGCCUCCAGAGACAGUGUUCAGCAGAUUGAGAGCCAGAUUGAUCCACUGGAGAAUCGAAUGGCCGAUAUCGAGAUAAAACUGGGGAAAGUAAUGAAGCUGGACAACGACAUCAAAGCUUUGGACAGCAGGAAGAAACAGAUGGAGGAAGAUAACAAGGAGCUGGAGGAAACCAUGGAACAGGUGUUCCAGGGUUCAGACGAGCAGCUGCAGGAUGGUUACCAGAACCACCAGAGGACUGUGAGGGAGAAGGAGCGCAGGCUGACAGAGUGCCAGAAGGAUCUGGAGAAAGCUGGACGGGAGUGUCAGAGACUCAACAGAGUCAAGGCUGAUCUCCUGGUAGAGCAAGGUUCUCUGAAGCUGAAGGCUGACCACCACACUCAAAACAUCAAGAACCGGGACAAUCAGGUUCGCUCGUUGUCGGCUUUUCUGGAGAUGGAGGGUUACGACCGGCCGCCCUUCAGUGCCCUUCAGCUUGAGAGCUUCCAUCAGCACGUCGCACAGAGACUUGAGCAGGAAAAAGUGGCAAUCAAUCAGAUUAUGGCUGACCUGCAGGAGAAGGAGCAGCAGAAGCAGCAGUCCAUUGAUGAAAUGAGGGACAAGAAGACUGGCCUGGAGAGAACUGUGGAGUUGAAGGGAGACAUGCAGGGAAAGAAGCAGCAGGAACUGAGGAACAUCAGGGCAGAGCUGCAGAGGCUGGAGGGUUCGUCUAGCCGCCUGCAGGAACUGGAGAACGAGCUGGCCAAAGUGGAGCGUGAGCUAAAAAGUGCAGUUCAGAGCUCCAACGUGGAGGCGCUGAAGGCUGAGGUGGUGCAGCUCCAGAGUGAAAAGGUUGAUCUUGACCGCACGCAGAGACAGCUCGACCAGGAGAUGGGGAUGCUCAAUACACACACCACCGCACGCACCCAGAUGGACAUGCUGAAAAAGGACAAGACAGAGAAGGAGGAGCAGAUUCGUAAGAUCAAGUCCCGCCACAGUGAGGCGCUAGUGUCGUUGCUAGGCCACUUUCCCAACAAGAGAGAACUGGAGGACUGGAUCUAUGGCAAAUCUAAGGAAAUCAACGGUACCAGGGACAGACUUUCCAAACUCCAUAAGGACCUGGCAUCGAGUGAGCAGAAUAAAAGCCACAUUGCUGCUGAGGUGCGUAAAAAGGAGCAGCAGUUAGCCAGCGACGAGGAGAAGUUCUUCAACGUGUGCGGCAGUCAGGACCUGGAGCAGGACCUGGGCAAACUACGAGAGGAUCUGGAGAAGAUCUCCAAGCAAAGAGCCAUGCUAGCCGGAGCCACCGCUGUGUACACGCAGUUCAUCAGCCAGCUGACCGAGGAGAGGGAGCCCUGCUGCCCCGUGUGCCAGCGGACGUUCCCCUCCGACUCUGAUCUGCACGAAGUCAUCAGCGACAUGCAGUCCAAACUCCGCCUGGUGCCCGACAAGCUGAAAAACACGGAGCAGGACCUCAAUAGGAAGGAGCAGAAGAGGGACGAGAUGAUGGCUCUCCGACCUGUCAGGCAGUCCAUUGUGCAGUUUCAGGAAAAGGAGUUGCCGGAGUUGAGGAACCGCUUGCAGGCGGUGAACAGGGAAAUCGAGAGGCUGAAGGGCAACGUGGAGGAGCAGGAGACUCUGCUCGGUACCCUGAUGUCGGAGGAGGAGACGGCCAAGGCCUGCCUUCAAGACAUAUCUCUCAUGGACCGAUACCUGAUGGACCUUAAAGAGUUGGAGAAGAAAAUAGCUCAGCAAGCAGCGAGGCUCCAGGGAGUGGACCUGACCAGAACCGUCCAGCAAGUCAGUCGGGAAAAACAAGAGACUCAGCACAAGCUAGACACCACCUCCAGCAAGAUGGAGCUGAAACGUAAGCUGGUCCAGGACCAGCAGGAUCAGAUUCAGUUGCUGAAAAGUGCUGUAAACGAGACUAGGGAAGAGAAACUGCAGCUGAGCAGUGCCAUGCAGAAACAGCAGCAGCUGGAGGAGCAGUGCAUCGAGUUCGCCACUGAACUGCAGGCCUUAACCAGGGACAUCAGGGAGGCGAGAGAACAGCUCUCCCCUUUGUCUGCUGCUCUGGAGAAGCUGCAACAGGAGAAACAGGAGCUGGUGGAGCACAAGAGGCAGAGGCAGGAAGAGGGGCGGGACAAGAUCAGUAACAUUAAAGAUAAAAUGAAGGCGAUCUCCAACUUGGUAAGAGACAUCACCAAAUACGUGGAAGACGGCAAAGAUGAAUACAAAGAGCAAAAAGAGGCUGAGCUUCAAGAAACCAACACUCAGCUCCACGAGGCUGAGAAGGACAAAGAGAAGAUCAACAAGGAGAUGGGGAACGUCCGUCAGGACAUAGACACUCAAAAGGUCCAAGAACGCUGGUUGCAGGACAACCUGACCUUGAGAAAGCGUGUUGAGGAACUGAAGGAGGUUGUGGCUAAACGCGAGGCUCUAAUGAAAGACAUGGGCAACAUGCAAGUGUUGCAGCUACGCCAAGAACACCGUGCGGCCGAACGCAGGCUGGAGGAGCUGAAGAAGAACCGCAGUAUCGCUUUGGGUCGUCAAAAGGGGUUCGAGGAGGAGAUUAUGGAUUGCAGAAAAGAACUACGAGAAGAUCAGUACGACAAAGCAGAUGAGCGCUACAAAAACAAGAUGAUAACCAUGAGGACAACCGAGCUGGUCAUUAAAGACCUGGAUCUCUACUACAAGGCCCUCGAUCAAACCAUCAUGAAAUUCCACAGCAUGAAGAUGGAUGAGAUCAACAAGAUUGUCAGAGAUCUGUGGCGCAGCACCUACAGGGGUCAAGACAUCGAGUACGUGGAGAUCCGGUCCGACGUGGACGAAAACGCGUCCGCCGGAGUGAGGCGGCGCGUUUACAACUACAGAGUAGUUAUGGUCAAGGGAGACACGGCCUUGGACAUGAGAGGACGCUGCAGCGCUGGACAGAAGGUGUUGGCGUCCCUGAUCAUUCGUCUAGCCCUGGCCGAGACCUUCUGUCUGAACUGUGGGAUCCUGGCCCUGGACGAGCCCACCACCAACUUGGACCGAGACAACAUUGAGUCACUGGCACACGCCCUCGUAGAAAUCAUCAAGAGUCGCUCGAGCCAGCGCAACUUCCAGCUGCUGAUCAUCACCCACGACGAGGACUUCGUGGAGCUGCUGGGCCGGUCGAGCUACAUCGAGCACUUCUACCGCAUCCGAAAGAACCAGGACCAGAACUCUGAGAUCACCAAGUGCAGCAUCACCUCCCUCUCUACCUAUCUCCACUGAGCAGACCGAGGACUCCAAAAACCCUGUUUCAUGCGCGUUUUCAUUUGCGGUCGCACAAAAAUCAGUGUUCAGAUGAUUUUAGUUGAAUAGGAACUGCUUGGAGAGUGUGUUCAUCUGCACAUUUAUCCUGGCGAACUACAGAGUGAACUACUAUGUGCCCAUACCUAAACAUUUGUUUUCUACACUGAAAUAAGUUGAGAAAGUUCUUGGUGAGGUCUUUUGCAGAAAAGAUCACGAUUGUACCUGGUGAUCUGUCUCCUGGUUAAAAGGUUUUUUGUCUUUAUACAGUGUCCAGUAGCCACCUGCUGGCCAGCGCCGGUAACAGAAGGACGGGUUCUGUUUCAGUGUUUUCCGCUUUGUGUUCAAUGCUUUGGCAUUAAACCUUGUUUGAAAGACUUGCGGUAGAUGUGUGUGACUCUGUCUUUUUUCAUUUGAUUUAAUGUCGUGCUUUUUAGGUUGCCUACCCCACAAGUUCAGUUCUAAGAAAAGUAUCUCAAUGUUAGUGACGUUCCUCACCAACCACAGAUUAAUCAAACAAAUCUUAUCUCAAAUGCCAACUCAUUGCUGUAGUUCUAAUAAGGGGAAAAACCGUGGGCAAGGCCGCUAUAAAUGCUGGUGUUCUCAGCCAAGAGCUCAGAACAAGCUGCAAGCUGACAAUUAAGGAAUAAUUUCAUAGGCUUCUUGAAACCGCUUCUACCCGACGAGCUACUAUGAUGAAGAUGAUUUUCCUGCUGGUUUCUGCUGGGGCGCUGCUCUCUGCUUCGGCUUUGCCACGUCACUUCAACCUAGAGAAAGUCAUUUCUGAGUGGGACAAACAUAAAGAUUCGACUCCCUAUGCGAAACACAUGGUGGAGAAAGUCCAAGAUUUGGCCAACAACUGUUCGACCGACUACAACUUUGUCUUCUGCAAAGUGCAUGAAAUCCUGCAGAGGCAUGAACACUUCAAUGAAACGACCAGCCAUAGUUGGGAUAAGACGAUUGCAAAAAACUUGAAAGCCUUCGUCACCUCCCAAAAUCAAACCUGUGCAGUGGUGUUGAAGGACGCGAAGACUACUCAAAACGCCGUGACAAUUUAUCGACUUAUGGAUUUUCUUGUGAAAUGUAUCCAGAAAUUCAACAUGGGCUCCAUGCGGUCACCAUGACGGGCCAAGCUUGAGUUCCUCCCAGACGGGCGACCCGACUGUCAGUGUUGAGUCCUUGAGUGUGUGAUUUUUUUAAUUUCAAAUUUCAAAAUGUAAAGAUAGUGAUAAGAAUCAAAUGAUUGGGGCAUGUGAUUAGAGAUAUAUUGGAAAUGUAGAAUAAGAUGUUACUGAUUAGUUUUUUCAUAUAUACAGUAUGUUUACAAAGAGUUACAUGAUAUUGACUUCAUAUAUUGACAAAUUUAUGUCAGCAGUCCCUUGGCAAAAUGCACAGCCUUUCCAUACUAAAGUAAACAACAAUAAUGUGUUAUUUAACACAUAUUUAUUGGGCAGUUAUCUGUUUUUAUUCAUCACAACGCUCACUUCAACAACUUGAUAAAAGGGUUUUGACUCAAACAGCUUUCAUAGAAAAAAAAAACAUGGGCAUUAUUAUGGAUAUUU